ACAAUUCUCAACUUUUUCAAAGUCAAACACUUCAUUGCAUAAACACUACAAGUUGCAAAAACCAUUUUCCUCCUCUUUGCAAAUUCAGCUUCUUUUCAAUGCAAUAACUAAAAACCCUAAAAAAAAAGAAAAAAAAAUCUCAAAACCCAAAUGAAAAAAUCAAAUCUUUUUUCAUUUCACUAUCUUCUAACAAUUUUUCUCAUCAUUCUAAUUCAUGCAAAAUCUCAAUCUCAUUACAAUCUUCAUGAUGAAGAACAUGAAACCCUAAUGAAGUUAAAACAACACUUUGAAAAUCCAUCAAAACUAACUCAUUGGAUUUCAUCAAACACUUCUCAUUGUUCUUGGCAAGAAAUCAUUUGCACCAAUGGUUCAAUCACACAACUAAAUCUUUUUGACACCAACAUAAAUCAAACCAUACCACCUUUCAUAUGUGAUCUCAAAAACCUAACACAUGUUGAUUUCAACAACAAUUUCAUACCUGGAAUGUUCCCAACAUAUCUCAACAACUGUUCAAAAUUGGAGUAUCUUGAUUUGUCAAUGAACAAUUUUAUUGGUAAAAUUCCUGAUGAAAUUUUCACUUUUUCUAAUUUGAAGUAUCUUAAUCUUAGUUACAAUAAUUUAACUGAUGAUAUUCCUAAAAGUAUUGGAAGGAUGAAAGAAUUGAGGUUUCUUGCACUUCAAGCUUGUUUAUUUAAUGGAACUUACCCUGAUGAGAUUGGAAACUUGUUGAAUCUUGAAACAUUGGAUUUGUCAUCAAAUUCAAUGUUUUUGCCUUCUAAGUUGCCAAUGAAUUGGACCAAAUUGAGUAAAUUGAAGGUGUUUUAUAUGUAUGACUGCAAUCUGUUUGGUGAAAUGCCUGAACCAAUGGGAAAAAUGGCUUCUUUGGAGAAACUUGAUGUUUCACAAAAUGGUUUAACUGGAAAAAUUCCUAGUGGUUUGUUCAUGCUGAAAAAUCUUUCCAUAUUGUUUCUUUCGAGAAACAAUCUUUCUGGAGAGAUACCUAGUUUGGUUGAAGCGUUGAAUUUGACUAUCAUUGAUCUUACGAGGAACCGUCUUACAGGAAAAAUUCCAGAUGAUUUUGGAAAGCUGCAAAAGUUAACAGGCUUAGCUUUAUCUAUGAAUAACUUGUCAGGCAAGAUACCACAAAGCAUAGGUAACCUUCCAUCUUUGAUAGAUUUUAAGGUCUUUAUGAACAAUUUGUCAGGUACUCUUCCUUCUAAUUUUGGUCUUUACUCAAAGCUAGGAACUUUUCUUAUUUCUUCAAACAGUUUUAGUGGAAGGUUACCUGAAAAUUUGUGCUAUCACGGUGAGUUACUUAAUUUAGCUGUUUAUGAAAAUCACUUAAGUGGUGAGUUGCCAGAAUCACUUGGAAAUUGUAGCAGCCUUGUGAAGCUGAAAGUUUACAAUAAUGAAUUUUAUGGCAAAAUUCCUAGUGGUCUUUGGAAUAUUAAUUUGGUGGACUUCAUGGUAAGUCAUAAUAAGUUCACUGGUGAGCUACCUCAAAAUUUGUCUUCAAGUAUUACACUUUUUGACAUAAGUUACAAUCAGUUUUAUGGUGAAAUUCCAAAUGGUGUAUCUUCUUGGACUAAUGUUGUUGAGUUUAUAGCUAGCAAAAAUUUUCUUAAUGGAAGUAUUCCUCAAGAGCUAACAAAUCUUUUUAAGCUAGAAAAAUUGUUGCUUGAUCAAAAUCAGCUCAAAGGGUCACUUCCAUUUGAUGUAACAUCAUGGAAGUCCUUAGUGUUUCUAAAUUUGAGCCAAAACCAACUCAAUGGAGAAAUACCGGUUUCUAUUGGUCAUUUACCUUCCCUUGGUGUUCUUGAUGUUUCAGAAAAUCAAUUCUCUGGUCAAAUACCUUCUGUACUUCCUAGAAUCACAGUUCUCAAUCUAUCAUCCAAUCAUUUGACAGGUAGAGUUCCUAGUGAAUUUGAAAAUUCAGCAUAUGAUAGAAGUUUUUUGAACAAUUCUGGUCUAUGUGCUGAUACAGAAGAACUUAGCCUUACUCUUUGCAAUUCUAAAACUCAAGGUCAAAGCAAAGACUCGUCUUUAUCUCCUACUUUGAUUAUAAUCUUAGUGGUAGUUUCUACUUUAGUUGUUUUGUUGAUAUCAUUCAUUAUUAUCAAAAUUUACGGUAAAAGAAAGCGAGGUUCGGAUGAUUACUCAUGGAAACUCACUUCAUUUCAAAGGCUAAAUUUCACAGAAUCAGAUAUAGUAUCUUCAAUGACAGAAAAUAAUGUUAUUGGAAGUGGUGGAUAUGGAAAAGUUUAUAGAGUUGCUGUUGAUGGAUUAGGCUAUAUAGCUGUGAAAAAAAUUUGGGAAAAAAAAAAACUAGACCAUAAUCUUGAGAAGUCAUUUCACACCGAGGUUAAAAUAUUGAGCAGCAUUCGACAUCGAAACAUUGUUAAAUUAUUAUGUUGCAUCUCUAAUGAGGAUACAAUGCUUCUUGUGUAUGAAUAUGUCGAAAACCGUAGCCUUGAUAGAUGGCUGCACAAGAAGAGUAUGAAAUCUUCAAAUGUUUCAAGUUCAGUUCAUCAUGUUGUUCUUGAUUGGACAAAGAGAUUGCAAAUAGCUAUUGGGAUAGCUCAAGGUUUGAGCUACAUGCAUCAUGAAUGUUCACCACCUGUUGUUCAUAGAGAUGUGAAGACAAGUAACAUACUUUUGGAUUCUCAGUUCAAUGCAAAAGUUGCUGAUUUUGGUCUUGCUAGGAUGUUGAUCAAGCCUGGUGAACUUGCUACCAUGUCAGCUGUCAUUGGAUCAUUUGGCUAUAUGGCUCCAGAAUAUGUUCAAACGACUCGAGUUAGUGAAAAGAUUGACGUGUUCAGCUUUGGUGUUAUCCUAUUGGAACUAACAACCGGUAAAGAAGCUAAUUAUGGCGACGAGCAUUCAUCUCUUGCAGAAUGGUCAUGGUGCCACAUUCAAGCAGGAAGCAAUAUAGAAGAGUUGCUUGACAAAGAAGUAAUGGAAUCAAGUCACUUGAAUGGAAUGUGUAAAGUUUUCAAACUUGGUGUUAUGUGUACUUCAACACUUCCAUCAAGUAGACCUUCCAUGAAAGAGGUUUUGGAAGUAUUGCUCAAUUGUGGAGAAUUGUUUGCUUAUGGAGAGAGGAAUAUUGUUGGUCAUAAUGUUAAUGAUGGUGUUCCACUUCUUAGAAAUUCAAAAAGAGAGUGUAAGUUAGAUAUUGAUGAUAAUGAUAGCUAGCUAGAUUAAUUUGCAAUAGAAUAAGUAAGUUUCAUGUUGGAUUUUGGAUAAAUCAUACAAAAGUUUUAUUAUAAAUUCUAGAAUUUUAAUAUUAAUACUAACAAAAGUUAUAUUGGUCCGAGUGAGACAUUAAA